AUGUGCUUGUUGCCUCUCUUCCUCGUUCCGAUCGUUAAUUUGCUGCCGCUGCUCUUCGAUUUGAUCAUGGUAAGGAUAUUCACACGUGCGAAAAUCUAUGCGAUGUUCGGAUGGGAGUACAGGAAGCCGGAGAGGGCUCCUCCGGCGUGCCCUUAUAAGCCUGCUGCCAGAAAGGACGAUGGUAGCAAUGUUUUGAUAGAAAGCUUACCUGGGGAUCACCCACCUGUUCAGAAACCUGUGGAAGUAGGAAAUGGGAAGGAGGACUAAUACUUAUAGACAACUUCAGACGAACUCUCCAUCUCUCUCUCAAGAAGGAUCACCAACACCUACGGGAAGAAAAACUAGUGCUAUGAGGUUCCUUGUACUUUUGUCAUCGUCAUAACGAGGUAAAUGUUGUGUAAUUGAGAAUACUCGAGACUCCUGAAAUGACACAAAUUGUUUGCUGUUGUUUGUGUAAAUGGGUAUACCUCAAAUUUCUGAAAUGGAAAAUUCUGCUGCUGUUUCUGUAAUUUGAGUGAACUGUGAAAUGCAGGCAUAUAUUAUUAAGAUGAUUGGAAGCUGGUAAACAUUUACAGAACUUGUUACGUUAGCCCAGGUCAUUCAAUUUCCA